AUGGGCACCGCGCACGAGCGCGAGGUCCGAGGCGUGGAGAUUGACGUCAUGGAGUUUAUCGAACGCAACGGGCGAGAGAUCGAGCGACGAAAGGAGGACGCGGAGGCGUACGCGAAGGCGCUCUCGUUUGAAUCCUUUAAAAUCGCCUGGCGUGAACGUCGAUUCUCCAACGUGCACCUCGGGAAGCCGGCGCAGCAGACGUAUAACUCGUACGUGCAGUGCGCGUACGAUUGCGCGAUGAAGUACGCGCGAUGUGGGAAGACGCUGGCGGAACGCGUGUUGGGGGCGUACUCGACGUACGCGUUGAGAGAGACGCAGUUAGAGGGCGAAAACGUUUUGGUGUACGCGUCGCCGGAGGCGAUAGAGGCGUUGACAGAUCUCAGCGAUGAGUGCCUGGAGAUUGGUGUCCACGGGGUCGGGCUGGCGUUGGCGAAAAUGGUGCGAGAGGAGGCGUUCGUGAUCGGGACGCGGGACGUGACGAACGUCCCGGCGAGUCGCAUGGGCUCGGGAACGCCAGAGGUUUUCAGAGAAUUCGACGAGACCGUGGCCAUGCACGAGGCGCUCGGACAUCUUCUUCAGGGGGAUAUGGACGAGGAGUUGGAAACAAUGCGCGCGAGCGCAGGAGCGUACACAAGUGCGCUGGCAACGGCGACGCGCCUGGACCAGACGAGCUCGGCGGCGCCGAUGACCAUCUGUUCCACCGUGGACACGCUGUUCAAGAAAACGAGAACGAAGGUUGAGAAUGCAUUGAAACCACCGAUCGAUGCCGCCGGGGAGACACUGCUGCUGCCCGGUGCGGCGUCGAAUCCUCCGAUGGCGAACCUCGACUCGAUGCCGAGUUUUGGAUGA